GAUAAAGAUAGGAGUGGAAUAAUAUCUGAUAACGAACUUCAGCAGGCAUUAUCCAAUGGCACGUGGACUCCAUUUAAUCCAGCAACAGUCAGGUCAAUUCUUGGCAUGUUUGACAGAGAAAACAAAGGUGGUGUGAACUUCAAUGAAUUCACCGGCGUCUGGAAGUACAUCACAGACUGGCAGAAUGUCUUUCGAACAUAUGACAGAGACAAUUCUGGAAUGAUUGACAAAAAUGAACUAAAGCAAGCGCUAACAGGUUUUGGUUACCGACUGUCUGAUCAAUUCUAUGAUAUCCUUAUUCGGAAAUUUGACAGACAAGGGAGAGGACAAGUUGCUUUUGAUGACUUUAUUCAGUGCUGUGUUGUUUUACAGAGGCUGACUGAUGUGUUUCGACGAUACGAUACGGAUCAAGAUGGCUGGAUUCAGGUGUCAUAUGAGCAAUAUCUUUCCAUGGUCUUCAGCAUCGUAUGACACUGACAGCUACGAAUUGUGCACUGGUGUUACACAGACUGGAGCUGCCAAAUCAUCAUCAUGUACUGAAUAAAGUUCUUGAUGUAUUAUAAGGGAUAUAACUUCACAUUCUUAAAUUUUGUAUGUUGGCCAUCACCUCCAGGAUCUGUACAUGAGUUGUUUUUAUUUUGUAUUACUGUAUGAUAUGACCAUCUCUGCUUACUGUAGUACAGAAAGCACAGAAUCUAGAUUUAACUGGUGCAAUGUCAAAACUUAACCUUCUUCCACAUAUCCUGCAUGGGGAAAAAUGAGUCUUUAGAAAUGCCAAAUUUAAAAUAAUGCUUGUUAGUUUAUAAAACAGUUGGAAGUGAGAAGUUGCACAACAUGUUUUGCAUGUGCCUUACUUUUAUAAGAGUUUAAUGUAUUAAUUUUUAAUACAGAAUUUAAAACUAAGUAAAAAUAUCAGA